CUCAGCUCCACAUCCGACCUCUUCUUAAUCUUCCAGCCGUCUGAGCUGUGAGGGACAUGGCAGUGGAAGGUAGUGUUAGGAACGGUUCUGUCUCUCAAGUCUUCGGGUUCUAACAUGCUCCUACCCAAACUCUCCAGAACCCAGAGGUGGGUAGGGACUACCUCUUCCAGGAAGAGUCGCCUAGAGGAACUUCUCUGGAGACGUACAGAUGAGGCUGAAGCAGCCAGUCAGCUUGUCCUGACAGUUCAUGCAGUGGAGGAGGUGGUGAAGGAGGUGGUGGACACUGUCAAGGAGGCUGGAGAGAAGGUCGUUACCAAUGCCCUGAAGACAGCCCAAGAAUCAGGAGACAGAGUGGUGAAGGAGAUGAGUGAGAAGGUGAACCACACUGUUACCGAUGCUGUUAACCACGCUGUACAAAGCCUGGGUAAUCUGGGACAGUGAGAUGGCCUGCCACCAUGCCUGGUCCUUCCUGAAUGUCAAUAAAAAACGUGAAACGUGAA